AUGAUGGGAGUCCCCCCCUGCUUUUACUGUGGUCCGGAUUCGACGAGCACGUUGUGGCACCUCAAGCGCUUGGGUUCGAAGGAUUUCAACGAGACGUGGGAAUCGCUCCACGCUUGUGUGGGUCACAACCCGGCUGACCUCCAGCCGUUCCAUGGGAUGUUCCCGGACUGGGAUGACAAGCACGCGGAGGAGGAGCUGGAGGACAGCGCAGCCUCGCCGUUGGCCAAGAGAUACUAUACCAACAUGGAGCUCUACGGCCUUCUUAGGCCAGACCAGUCGGACCUGCCGUACGUUUACGACAACUUCGCGUGGCCCCACUGUUCGGUGUUGGGAGAAGACAUGGUAGCGUGAAGAGACCUUGGGUUGGUACAAGCCGG